GUUCCAGAUAAUCUCAACAACUGGAAAUCCUGACCAUCCUUUUUCUCCUUUCAGGUGCAGUUUGAUUUAGUCACUGCAGCUUUUACCCUCUCAGAGCUGCCAAAUGUGAAAGACCGAGAGGAGGCAGCAUUCACUCUUUGGAGAAAGACAAGCUCAUAUCUGGUGCUGGUGGAAAAUGGGACCAAAGAGGGCCAUCAGAUACUCAUGGAAGCCAGAGAUACUUUAUUGAAGAAACAAGAGAAGACCGUUUAUGACUCCAGGCCAGCAUCAGUGUUUGCUCCAUGUCCACAUGAACUGGUGUGUCCCAAACUGGCCCAUGAGCCCGUCACACCCUGCAACUUCCAGCAGCAUUACCAACCUCUGUCUCUACCCAGGCACAAUGACCGUCAGAUCGAGAAGUUCAGCUACCUAAUUUUGAGGCGGACAGAAGCAGUGGAGGAAGGCACAAAGGGUGUGGAGUGGGCCAGGCUGAUUGCACCAGUGCUGCGCAGAACGAGGCAUGUCCACUGUCGCAUGUGUUGCCCGGACGGACAGCUACAGCACAUGGUGGUGACAGCCCGUAAACACAGCAGAGAUAUGUACCGCUGCGCUCGGAGCAGUGACUGGGGAGAUCAAAUGCCGAUCAUUCGGGGUGUAGAGGAAGAUGUCAACAGUGAUUCAGAGUGACGAUUCAGCCGUAAAGACAGACUGUGGAAACAUACGAUACAUCGUGAAACUGAUAAUACUUUGAUUUAUAGACAAAGGAGCUGCAAAUUACAUAUACAUUUCCUCUCUGCAGUUUUCUUUGUGUACCACCUCCAAUAAACCAUUAUAUUUUUAAGUGUGAUGCUCUUUGGACAGAAAUGUCUUUUAAAAAGUAUUUUGAAAUUGAAUUUACCUUGAAGCAUUUCAUUUUCAAUGCGGUCCAAACAAACCUUAAAGUUGUUUAUUCAGCAGAACAAUGCAUAACAUGAGCUUUAUGUAUUUUUUUGGUAACAUAACAUUUCACAGCCUUAAAAUAAAAUGGGUAAAAUUUCUUUUUGCACGUUUCCGUG